AUGAGCGACGACAAGUAUAAUUUCCGAUUAGGUGCAAAAGAAGAGCAGCAGGAGAUCUUGGAUUAUUUAGUGAAGUACUUCAAGAAUGAAGAGCCACUGAACCGGGCAGCAGAUGUCCAACGAGGAAGCGAAUUCUCACGAUUGCUCGGAGCCAUUGUGGAUGGUUGUCCAUUCCAUAAGAGCCAUUUACCGACAGUAGUUCGAUUCGCCAAAAGUGGUGACGCUUUCCUCAACAACCUGGAACCAGUUGUGACCGCCGGAACUGGCGACAUUGUCGCUGUACUGCUGAAUUCCAUUUCCAACAGAACAGACGGAAAGCACGAACUCAAACUUGGAAAUCCUGAUCCUCGUGUUUCUGCCUUCGGAUGGAUUCUUAAUGAGCUGCACAACUCGUUCUUCGACCUUGUGCCAGAAGAGGUUAAGAAAGUUAUACAUAUGUAUGUGCCAACUAAUGAUUUUGGACAUGGGAGAAGAAAAUUCUCGCUCUGGUUUAGGGAAAUCCUAAGCGUAAGUACACCACAUCAACGUCAAGGAAUUGCUAGCAAGAUGAUGAACUUCAGCUAUCCACGAGAAAAACUCGAGAAACAUGAGAUAGAUGGAAUCAUGUCGGAGACGACCUCGCUUGCCAAUCAAACGCUGCAAGCAAAGCGUGGCUUCAAGACUCUCAAGUCGUGA